AUGGAAUAAUAAUAAAAUGAAUAGGCUUAAUCAAUAAGAAUCGAAGAACCUGUAUAUAAACUGACCACUAAAUUGAUGAAAACAUGCAAUCCCAAGACUUUAGAUAAGAAAUACCUUAAAGACUUCAAAAUCAAAACCAACGAGACACUUGUAAAUUUGAAUAACACUAAAUUCGACCCCUAAUCCCCCAAAACUAACAAAGCUUUACAGGAUUUAAACAUCUAUUCCUAUUAAUUAGAAUUGCUGGAUAAAUCAGAAUUUAAGAAAAACGGAGAAUCAGAAGAGUUAACUGAGAAGAGAUAUUGGCUGCACUACUUCUAAGUUGCCCAAAUUAAAAAGUCUGUGAUUUUAUAACGGAAUAAAUACAAAAGAGAAGAAUGGAUUGAGAAAUACUCUAGAUCAGAGCAUGAAUAGCAGUAUCAAUAUAAUCCGACUGAAAUGAUUGAAAGUUGGAUAGAUACUCAAGUAUAAUCGAGUGAUCGUCAAUUAUUAAAAUUCAACAAACUAUAAUAAAAAAGAAAAGAAUAAGAAGAAUAAAACUAAGAGGAAUAAGAAAAGUACAAAGAGAAACUUGAAGUAAUAUUGGAAAAGAAGAAAAAGAAUAGAUUAAAAAAUUUAAAUUAGAAGUCCGAAAUCGCAAGAAAAGAUGUAUCUAAAAGCUUAGAAGUUUCCACUAAAAUGAAAACAGUUGUCCAAGAAGAGAAAUAUAAAAAUGCUUAGGUCAAGAAACUACAGACAGAAUAGAAUAUAGAAAAAGCAUAAAAGAGAGUUGACCAAAUUAAAUAAUCAUAUGUAGAUGUAUUAGAAGAAAAGCAAAGGAUAUAUGAAGAGAAAUUACACUAAGUCUUGAGAAAAAAAGAUGAAUAGGACUAAUAAUUGAUGUAAAGCAGAUUAAAAGAAAUAUAAACUGAAAGAACUCGAAAAUCAAUCAAAAAAAUAAGGAAACCUGAUGAAUGGUCUGCAAAAUUACCUUUAUUAAUUAGUAGAAGCGAAGCUUAAUUUUAGAAUGUAUAUAACUCAAAUUUAGCUUCAGUUAUUGAAAAAUUUCAUAAUAAAGAGAAAAAGAAACUUAAAUAUCAUAAAUCUUAAGAAUUAGAAAAAGAACACAUUGAAGAAGUUAAAUAAAAAGAAGAAUAAUUUUAAAAACGAUAUUCAGAUAAACUCAAAUUGUUCGAGGAGAAAAGAUAGAAAGUAGAAGAAAAAUUUGCAAAAAAGAAUCAAUAUUUAGCUGAGCAUAAAUUAAAAAAAUAAGAAGAAUUGGAUGAGAAAUUUGAUAAAAUUAGAGAAUUGAGUGCUGAAAAUUAGGGAAGAUUCAUACAUAUCAAAUAAGAAUAUAACAAUAAAUGUGAUAAGCAAAUGGAUAGAGAAUAAAAGAAAUUUAAAUAAAAUAUGAGUCUCUUAAAAUAAAGAAAUUAGAUAAUUGAAUAGUUACGAUAUAAACGAUUCUUGGAAAAGCAUAAACCUUUGACUUUGUCUUAAGACACUACAUCAAAACAAAGCGAAAGUAAACUUCAAGCAUGA